GCCACCACCAUCUACCUAGCCGGUGACUCCACCAUGGCCACCGGCGGCGGCGGCUCCGGCACAGACGGCUGGGGCAACUACAUCGCCCCCUACCUCACCAACACCACCAGCAACCCCACCACCCUCUCCAACCAAGCCGUCGCCGGCCGCAGCGCCCGGUCUUACACGCGCGAAGGCCGCUUCACCACCAUCGCCUCAACCCUCCAACCCAACGACUGGGUAAUCAUCGAAUUCGGACACAACGAUGGGGGUACCCUCUCCUCUACCUCCGACAACGGCCGAACCGAUUGUUCCGGCAACGGGACUGAAAUCUGCUACUCCGUCUAUGACGGCGUCAACGAAACCAUCCUCACUUUCCCAGCCUAUCUCGAAAACGCAGCAAACCUGUUCCUAGAUAAAGGCGCCAACGUGAUCAUCUCCUCCCAGACACCGGAUAACCCGUGGGAAACGGGGAGCUUCGUCUACGAUCCGACGAGGUUCGUGGCGUAUGCGCAGUUGGCUGCGGAGAGGACGGGCGUCGCGUAUGUCGAUCAUGGUGGGUAUGUGGCGGCGGUGUUUGAGGAGUUGGGCGAGAGUGUCGUGGAUGGGUAUUAUCCUGUGGAUCAUACGCAUACGAGUGUUGCGGGGGCGGAGGUCGUCGCGGAGGCGUUUUUGAGGGGGGUGGUUUGUGCCGGGUUGGGUUGGAGGAGU